AUGCCCUUAGAAAUACGUCAUAUUUUCCACCUUGAUCAGCCUCUCAAACUGCUACCUAAGCCCCCUUCUCAUUACCAAUACAAUCAGUUCACUUGUGAUGCUUGUCGCCAGAAUGGGACUGGGUUUGUUUACAAUUGCUCCAAGUGUUCGUUUGAUCUUCAUGUUGAUUGUACUUCAUUGCCCGAAACUGUUAUUCGAAAGGAUUAUGAGCAUCCUCUGAAGCUACUUUACUCUAAUCCUUUUCGAAACACAGAGUUCAUAUUUAUAUGCAAUGUGUGUGGAGCUUCGGUAGACGAGAAUGCUUGGGUUUACUAUUGUCGUGAUUGUGAUUUUGGAACGAAUGUCGAAUGCGCUUACGUUGAAGUUCAACGCGGAGCUGAGAAUACUGAAGAAGGAUCAUUUCGUACUCUUGAGGAAGCCCAAGAAGCACUUCGAAUAAGAGCGGAAAUUAGGGAGUUUGCCCUUAAUGACAUUUGGGAUGAUAAAGUAUACAAAUACAGGGAAUAUAAUAUACAUGUAUCCAUUGCAAAUGGAGCUGCAGAAGUGAGAGCUUGUUAUUUGAAAGUAAUGGAGAACAAGCACUUUAGCCAUGUUCAUGGCCUGGUUUAUCACCAAACCCAACAAGGAGCCGACGUUCAAUGUUCCGGCUGCAAAUUUCCAGCUUCCGGCAACAUUUACGCUUGCUGGCAAUGCAGUUUUUUCCUUCACGAGCAAUGCUUUCAUGCAAGCCGAUCACUAAAACAUCCUUCCCACCCAACUCAUCCGUUACACUUAUCUCCAUAUCCAACUUAUCCCACAAAUUCUUUCUGUUGCGACUCUUGCAAUCUUGUCGGAAAUGGCUUUUGUUAUUGCUGUUCUGAAUGCGGAUUUGACCUUCACAUUCACUGUGCUUUAAAGUCCAAUCCAGUUCCUCCAUCCCUGCCUAAAAAUGCUUCCCUUAUUUCUCCCAACCCUGAUUUUUCGAAACUAAAUCUUGGAGAGAAUCAAGAUUAUAAUCCCCAACCUGCGAUUCCGGUGCAACAAACUCAGAAUAUUAAUCAUAUUGCUAACUUUCCUCCGCCUUAUCCCCCACCGGCAAUCGAAACAGGCGGCAACUAUCAAUCCAGCAACCAUCAUAGUAGUACUUACCCGAAUCCUCUGCCACCAAAUAACUCCCCUGUUUCCCAGAGCUAUCCUGGAUCAAUCCCACAAAAUCGUACCCCAAAUCCUCCUCUAAACAGCCCAUAUCCUCCAUCGGUUACCAGUCCAACAAAUUUUCCUAAUGGCUAUCCAGAAGUCAAUAUUAAACCACAUCCUACAACUGCGAGUUCUUCUGCCGGAUCUACUUUUCCGGCAACAAGUAUUACUAGCAGCCAAGAAAAAUUGCCUCCCAAUCCGGAGACAAGUGCUCCAAACGUGAAGGAGGUAAAACAUUUCAGCCAUCCACAUCUUCUGAAGUACAUUGAAAUUGCAAGAAGUGAUGAAAAAGUGUGUUCUGGCUGUGAGAACUAUCUUGUUGGCUCAGCUUACACCUGCAUUGAAACCGAAUGCAACUUUAACCUUCAUAAAUCCUGUUUCGAAUCGCCAUUAGAAAUUCGCCAUAGUUCCCACCCAGAUCAUCCCCUCAAACUUCUUGCUAAGCCCCCUUCUCAUUACUUCAACAAUCAGUUCACUUGUGACGGUUGUCUUCUCAAGGGGGCAGCAUUUGUCUACAAUUGCACCAAGUGUUCAUUUGACAUUCACGUGAAUUGUGUUUCGUUGCCCGAAAGCAUUAUCCGGCAAGAACAUGAGCAUCCCCUGAAGCUACUUUACUCUACUCCUGUUCUAAAUAAUGGUGUUUUUAUAUGCGGAUGUAUGUCGGGCUAAGAUGAAUCGAAAUAAUUGGGUGUAUCAUUGUCGUGAGUGUGAUUUUGGCGCUCAUCCGAGAUGCCCUCCAUUUGAUUAUCGGCAAGCAGCGCUUGAGAUUGAAGGAGCUGCCAUGGGUUAUAGGUUAAAAGCUCGAGCAAUGCAAACUUGCAUUGAUCUUAUUGAUGGAAGCCAUACAACAUACGAAUACAAAUACAAAUACAAAAAUGAUUACAUAUAAUCGCACUAUAGAAAAAGUUAGUGACGCGAUGCCUCUUUAUCAAAAUGAUUAUCCUGUUUAGUUUU